UGGGGCUGAGAGGAGGGGAGGGCCAGGUGUGCACAGUUCUCACAGGACUCCCUCCUCCUUCAUCCCACUCCCUCCCACUGAAGCAUCCACACCCAUUCCCUCCUCCCGACCCCUCCCCACCAUCCCAUUCCCAUGACAACAGCAGCAUCCUGCUCCUACAGCAAGGUGCAGAGACCCCAUCUGGGGCCCUGGUGCCACUCUGGCUGCAGCAGGAGGUCCCUGCCAGAGGGGCAAAGGGUGGCGCUUCCAAGGGGACCCAGUAUAAACCAGAACUCAUUUUCCUUGGUGCAUUGGGAGAAUGCCCAGAGCUGUGGACACCCCUGGAACCCACGAUGAUUCUGGGAUCCAUCUAAGACAAGGGUACGCUGCUCCCCUGCCUGACCCCCAGCUCCCCACUCAGAUUGUUCCCUCCAGCCCCCUGGUCCCCUCCCCAGGCCGGGGCUCUGUUGCUGUCCCCAGGCCAGGGCUCUGAGCGCUGGCCAGCCCUGCCCUCUAGCGCCCCUGAGCUGCUCCGUGCAGGACUCAGCCCCGGCUUCCUGGAGCUGGGACACCCGGAGUCCUCGCAGGGCCCGCGGAGCAGAGCAGGGGCUGGCAGCCUCCCCACGGCACCACCUCCCACCCCGACACUGCUGCUGAGGGGACAUGAGGACACUCAUGAGGGGACACGAGGACACAUCCCGGAGCCUCCAGAGCACCACCAGCCAUGUCCGCGCUGCCGAGGGCGCAGCGGUGUCACCCCAGCACAGGCGCCCUGCGCCCCGGGCCUUGGCACACGCGGGCGUGCCCGGUCGGGUGACAAUUGCCUUCCCGGCAGCCCGGGUCGAUAACCUGGUGGCCAAAGCACUCGGAGGGCCGGGACGGCCACGCCAAUGGGUGCCCGCGGCUGCGGGAGAGGGAGGGAGGCUCUGCAGGCUCUGGUUAAACUGGAACGAGGCGCGGCAUCGUCCCGCGGUCCCUGCCCUGGGGACUCUGACCCCGUGGGUCGGCCAGGGGAGCUGAGGCAGGCGGUGACGAGCAGCCCCACAGCCACUGGGACGGAACCAGCGAGGAGCCGAACAGGAUGGAUCCCACUUUGGAGCUGGCAGAUGAUCCCAGAGCUGGACAUGGCCCAACUCAUCAUCCUGGGCCUCUGCACCAUCAUGACACUGCUGUCGGUUGUGAUCUACGUGGAAGAGGUUUCGUACCUCUUCCGCAAGAUCCGCUGCCCUAUCAAGAUGAAGACCCUCUGCUGGAGCAGCUCAGCUCCUACGGUUGUGUCAGUGAUCAGCUGCUUUGGCCUGUGGUUCCCGCGCUCCAUGAUGGUGGUGGAGAUGGCUACCACGGCGUACUUUGCUGUCUGCUUCUACCUGCUGAUGAUGGUGAUGGUGGAGGGCUUUGGGGGGAAGGAAGCACUGCUCAGCACCCUGAAGGAUGUGCCCAUGGUGGUCAGCACUGGGCCCUGCUGCUGCUGCUGCCCGUGCCUGCCCAAAAUCACCAUGACCAGGAAAAAGCUUAAAUUGAUGAUCCUGGGGACUUUCCAGUACGCCUUCUUCAAGGCAGUCGCUGUCUUCCUGGGGCUGAUCCUGGCCACCGAUGGGAAUUACAACCCUGCUGAUAUUUCAGGGGAGAGCGUGGCCCUCUGGAUCAACACCUUGGUUGGUGCCUCUGCCCUCUUUGGGCUGUGGGGCCUGGGCAUCCUCUUCCGGCAGGCCCGGCUGCACCUGGCUGAGCAGAACAUGCAGGCCAAGUUUACCUGUUUCCAGAUCCUGCUCCUCCUGACGGCACUCCAGCCUGCCAUCUUCAGCAUCCUGGCCAACAAUGGCAGCAUUGCCUGCUCACCACCCUUCUCCUCCAAGGCCAGGUCGCAGCAGAUGAACGUGCAGCUGCUGAUCCCGCAGACCUUCAUCCUGGCGGUGCUGACACGGAUGUAUUACCGCAAGCAGGACGACAAACCAGGCUACCAGCCCGUCAGCUUCGCUCCCACAGGCGCCGAUGCCAAGGCGUGAGCAGGAGGGACAAACUGGGGUGCCAGAGGCAGAGUGGGGUGAGGGGCUGGUCUACCCUGCACAACCUUCUCCUCCUCCCCUGGCCCUGGGGAGCUGCUGGCAGCAGGAGAGGCAGGAGGGGAAAGAGCAUCUUGGGACAGAAUGAAAGGUUUGAAACUUAAAAGUCAUAAACCAGGGGGGUCCAUGGAGCCACCUCCAGCCCAGGGGCUCUUGUCUAGCACUGAGUAAAGAUAAAUUUUUACAUGA